AUGCUUCCUAAAUCUAAACUGCUUGAAGAUUCAGACAUGCUUCUGCUUACUCUGAUGAAAAUCAGACUUAAUCCACCACAAAAGGAUCUGGCAUACAGAUUUGGGAUCUCUGAGUCAUCGGUGACGACCUACAUACACUCAGCCAUUCCAGCUCUGGCCAAAAAGUUGACCUUCCUCAUUCACUGGCCUGAACGAGAAGAAGUUAUGAGUUCCCGACCGCAGUGUUUCAAAGAGACCUAUCCGAAAUGUGUCUCUAUAAUUGAUUGCACAAAGGUUUUCAUUGCUGCGCCAGCUGACUUUGAAGCAAGAAACGCGACAUACAGUUCAUACAAACAUACUCACACAGUGAAGUUUCUAGUGAGCAUCACUCCGGCUGGAGCUGUCUCCUUUGUUUCACCUGCAUAUCCUGGAAAAAUUUCUGACAAAGUUUUAACUAAUGACUGUGGAUAUCUUGACUUCAUUCAACAUGGUGAUGUGAUACUUGCUGACCGUGGUUUUUUAAUUGGUGAUGAACUAAAUGAGUUAGGUGCUGAACUUGUCAUACCUGCAUUUACCAGAGGUAAAUCGCAAUUGAGCGCAAGGGAUGUUGAAAGUGGGAGAAAAAUAUCAAAUGUAAGAAUCCAUGUGGAAAGGGCAAUGGAAAGACUGAAGAACUUCAGAAUCUUGUCAGAUCGAAUGCAUUCGAAUAUGGUUCCACAUGCUGACAGUAUAAUGACAAUAUCAGCGGCAAUCAUGAACUUGCAUCCAAAUCUGGUCAAUUAACUGCUUUUAUGCAUUCCAUGUACACUCAUUUGUGAUUUUAGAAUAGUACUUGUAUUAUACAAAUUUUUAUGUCUCCAAUGUUGAUUAUUUUAUAAUACUUGUAUUGACUGAUUUGAAUUCAUUGUGUAAACUGACGUUCAUGUCAUAAAAAAUAAAAUAUUUAUUUAUUUCCAAGAA